CGUAUUUAGCUUCCAGUAAUAACAGUGGGAUGACCUAACGUGCCAUGCUCUGGGAAUACACAAAGACACUUGAAGGCUUUGAGGGACUUUCUUUAUCAAAUGUUGAGGUGUUGGAUCCAUGAGGUCCAAAAGGAAUUCUGUACUAGAGCUAAGUGUCCAGUGUCAUGAAACUUAAUCCACGUCAGGCUCCAUUAUAUGGCAGUUGUGUGCUAACUGUUCAGCUCAGCGAUGAGGAGCUUUGUCAGGGAGAAGAAGGUAGGGAAUAUGCAGAGUUAUUCCUGGUCUUCACUGGAUCCACUCAGAGGCACCUCAGCAGCACUCGGAGGGUCAGCCAUGACACCCUGCAAGCAGUGUGCCCAGCUCACGAGUGCUGUGAAUCAGUUGUGGUCACCACGUGCUCUGCAGACCUGGGCGGCCUUGUUCGUGAGCUGGCCUCAGAGCGCAUGAGCUUUGUCCAGGACCUGGCCUUUGACAUGGCCCAGUUCCUGGUGGGUGCGGUGGGCCGGGCCGACAUGCUAGAGGACGCUUUGCUGCUGGACGAGCAUCAGAUCCCCCUGCAGGAGUGUGAGAGGAUGGACCAGAAUCUGGCUCUUGCACUCUCUCAUCUCACACUGCCAGCAGGUUGGAGCCUCCUAGGGAACUGCAACGCUCCAGAGCCUCAGGAGACGCUCCUGCACUUUGCUGCUCGCCGUGGGCUCCAGAGAGUCGCCCGUUUCCUCCUACGGCAGCCUGGGGCCCAAGAGGCACUAGCCCUGCCAAACAAACAGGGGGUCACCCCAGCUUGCCUGGCCCAAAGCCGGGGACACAGCGCACUGCUGGAGCUUUUCACGCAGUGGUAUGUUUUGGGCAGGGAGGAGACGAGCACCCAAGAUAGCGCUGAGACAUGUAGACGUAUCUCCUGCAGUGCUGGCGUGGUGGAGCACCACCCGUGUCUGAACACCUACACCCUGUCAGUGGGCACCCAGCCUGGCACUGAGCCACGCAGCCUGCAAGCUGAUUUACAAGACUUUUGCUGUCUGAUCCAUCACAACGCUUAUGACGAGGGAGGAGCUGUACUUCAGCUGCAAUCCGAGUCACCACACACUGUCGGAGAAUGUGCAGACAACCCAGAGACAACACGGGCCUGUUUUGAGCAGCCACAACAUGACUCCCUCGACACCGGAGAGCAAGAGUCCACAUCCCUGUGUGUGAAAGGAAACAAAAACGAGCACGGCGGCUGCUGCCCAGGUCCACUUCAGCAUGGUGAUCCUGCACCUCCCUCGGACAAUAGCAACAGUGACGAGAAACGGGUGUGUGCUUGUGAAAACACUGAGGGAGAUUACGGAGUGCAAGCAGAAAGUGCAGCUGCUUGCGUAGAAGGCUCGAGGAAGGAGGGAGAUAGUGGUGACUGCUUACAGAGCACAUUUGGGGGGAAAAGCGCAGCCCAACAAACCUCAUCCUGUGGAAAGGAGGGAGAGGAAACUGAUAGAGCUAAGGACUUGAUCUGUGAGGCACAGGGCACAGCUGAGGGGCCUAAAAGGGAGGUCCAGGCAGAGGACUGCAACUCUGGGAGGCCAGACCAGGACCAGCUUCUGGAGAAAGAUCUAUUAGAACACAAAGCUGCAGCAGCUGGAGAUAUGGGAAUCACUCAAUCUUUGGACACACCUGAAAGUUCUGAUGUGGAGUCGGGUUCACAAGGGCCAGAAAGCGAUGAUGAAAAAGAGGUGGAGAACACAGACGUUAGUUCUUUGGAACUGGAAGAGAAGGCCAAGGGGCUGGUGGACUUAAUUCCAGGAGUGGAUCAACCAUUAAAUACCUCACAUGAAAAAGAUGGGCACGAUUCACAUGAGACUGACCUAAGCUCUACACUGCAUUCCUUGGAGGACAGGCAUGAAUCUAAUGCCAGUCAAGUCUCUUGUGAGCAAACAAGCUAUGAACUAGAAAGUGAUGAACAGGAGAAACUUGGACAAGACAAUAUUGAAGGGCAAGAAGAAGAAUCUGUUAGCUUGUGUUCUAACACCGAAAGAGAAAUCAGUCAAGAACAAGCUGAAGCAACUUGUCACCAUGGAGAUACAUCUAAAGGCACUUCAGAAGGCCGAUGCCUAGAGAAUGAGACACUUGAAAAGAUUCGGGCUUCCUUAGAAGCAGAGACUAAUGAAGGUGAAGGAAUGUGUAAUUCAAGUGGUGCAUCGCCAGUGACACUUGACGAUGUCUCCAUCGACUCUCACUUGCCUGAGCAAGAAACAGAAACAGGCAGUGAAGAAUCACGAGCCACAGGGCAACAAGACCCAGCGGAGGUAAGCAGAGCAGCAGCAGGAUGUGAGAGUGAGGGACAAAGGUUGGGAAGCUCCGGUGAUGUCUCACAGCCUAAAUUCGACAUAGAGCCUGAGUCUCCCACACCAACCAGUGAAGACACCUUAGAACCUGAGGAAGGCUGUACCACCACGAGAGUUUCUUGCAGUGAGCAGCAAGGAACUCCACAACCAGAAACCCCUAAAGAUACCCUGUUGUCACAGGUCUUAGAGAUAGCUUCAGAAGACACAGAGAACAAAAGUUCUUUAAGGACUAGUCAUUGUUUUGAAGACAGGAUAGAAGAUAUCACCUUGCAAAGUGGAGAUGUUGUGAACCUUUGUCCUCUAGAAAACCCUGAAAGUGUUUCUGAACAAGGAACUGCCUCUCAGAACUCUGGGGUUGACCAAUCAGAAGAACAUUUGAGUGGCUCCACACAUACUGACAACAGUCAGACUCCAGAGAUUAAUGAAAGGGUUCCUGAGCAGGGAGAUGGAACUGUUUCUCAAAACUCUGCAGUUGACCAAUCAGAAGAGAAACACUUAAGUGACAGAACUAAUGAAAGCAGUCAGACUCUAGAGAAUAAUGAAGGGGUUCUUGAGCAGGAAGAUAGAACCGUUUAUCAAAACUCUGAAGCUGACCAAUCAGAGCAAGUGGACACUAUCAGAAAUACUGAAAACAGACAAACUCCAGAGAGUAAGGAAAGAGUUCCUGAACAGGAAGACGGAACUGUUUCUCAAGACUCUGUAGUUGACCAAUCAGAAGAUCCAGUGGACACUAAAACUACUGAAAACAGUCAAACUCCAGAGGGUAUGGAAAAAGUUCCUGACCAGGACGAUGGAACUGUUUCUCAAAACUCUGUAGUUAACCACUCAGAAAAACAAGUGGAUGCCAGCACAAGUGAAAACAGUCGAACUUCAGAGAGUAAGGAAAGAGUUCCUGACCAGGAAGAUGGAACUGUUUCUCAAAACCCUGCGGUUGACCAAUCAGAGGAAAGAGAGGAAUUGGGUGACACCACACACACUGAAAACAGCCAAGCAGUUAUAGAGGAAGAGUUAUGUUUGGACCAUUCUGUGGGUGGUGUUUCAUCUACCUCAAAUGUAACUGAUACAGUAGGCAUUUCAGUGUCGCUUGAAGAGCAGUCAAAUGUUGAACUUGGAAGUGAGCGCAGCUCUAAGCCAGCGGUGGUGGACACAGGUUCUGCGGAUAUAGAAUUGACUGAGGCACAAGACAUGCAGGAAACAGAAGCUGAAGGAUGUGAGGAUGCACACAUCAGUGCUUUUCAGAAAGAAAAAGAUGUCCCGUUGGAAGAUCAGGUGGACUGUCAAACCCUCACUUGCCGUUAUGUAAACAAAGAUAAUGCAGUUUCUGUGAUUCACAGAGAGAGGGACUCUUUCUGUCUUGACAGCUCCCAAGCCUCAACACACAGCAGAGCUUUAGAAAAACGACACAGCUCAGAGUCCACAGAGAGUCCGCGGUCACAGGCCCGGCACAGCACAGGCAGCACCACUCUGAGGGACUCCGGCAGUGAUACAGAUGGCUUCAUCAGCACAGACACGGGAGAGGACAACGUCUUCAGGAAGGCAGAGGAAACGCUAGGCCCUGGCGACAGCACCAGCGAGGCAUCCAUCUCCUGCUCCUCCACGGACGACACUGCUAGCCUGGGCCACCCUAGCUCCUCUGCAGACAGCUCCGAGGAAGUGCGGCGUGGGGGAGGAGGAGGAGGAGGAAGUACAGGGGUAGGUGCAGGAGGAGAGACAGAAGAGGAAGCGAAAGAUCGACUAACGGAGGUUCCCCUGCGCUCCUCUCUCUUCCGCACCUCUGUCCGCUCUCUCUCUCCUUUCCGUCGCCACAGCUGGGGGCCAGGCAAAAACCAAGGAGGAGAAGCAGACAUGAAUCAGCGCAGCUCUGUACGAAGUACUGGGGUCCAAAAGCCUGUCUUUCACAGAAGAAGUCUUAGCUGGUGUCCCACUCAGCCCCUCUUCAGUUCUGACCUGGAUGAGAUUAGUCAGCUCUUCAGUUAUAGCCUGGAGGGUCUGGCUGCAGAGCAGGAUGAUGGAAAAGGAUGGCAGCCGCAGGGGGGAGGUCCCUCUCAUGGCCAGAGGGGGGUCCACCGGCAGCAGAGUGAGGACAGGGGAUCACAGGUGUCCCUCACUGAGGAGGGUCUGGAGUCCGACCUGGGAGACCACAAAAGUCUGGAUAGUCAGAAAUCAAGGAAAUAUCGUCCACUGAGACGCAGCUGUCCAUCCAUGACCCUCCCCCUCCGGCAAUCCGUAUCCAUGCUGUCCAUCAGCCAGAGGGACAUAGAUGGUAUGAGAUCAUAUUCUAGCACUUCCAGUUCUCUAGGAUACAGUAUUACAGAAGAAGAGCCUGGCCCUUUAAGAGGGGAUUUUGAAGGAAAGAGUGGGACCAAAAUGAGCCGCACCUUUAGUUAUCUGAAGAGUAAAAUGUACAAGAAAACCAGGGAAAAAGACAAAGAGAAGAACCGGGAAAAAGACAGAGAAGUCAAGGAGAAGGAGAAGAAAGCAGUGAACGGGCAUCUGUUCAGCUCUGUGACUUCUGUCCAUACAGCUUUGUGUCAGCACUGCAACAAAGCCCUAAAUGCUAAAGAUGCUGUCAGCUGUACAAGUUGCAGUGUCUGUGUUCACAAGAGCUGCAGAGACAACAUCCCUGCGUGUACCAAGGGAAAGCAGUUUCUCAUGCCAGAGUCGACCACCAUGCCUGGAGUCACUUUAAGAGCAAAAACGUCUGCGCCACGGGAGAGGCCCUGGUCAGCCAUCUUGUCUCCAGAUGACCACUCUUUAGUGAUCACCCCCCGGAGACACACGAGCAUCAUGCCUUUCAACAGUAGCAACCUCUCCAAAAGCAUGUCAAUCAGCAACAUUGCUGUAUUUGAUGAGAUGUCCAUAAAGGGCCUGAGAUAUCUGUCCCAGUCCACCGACUCUUUGCACAAAGCCAACAAGGUCAACGAGUCCACUGAGUCUCUGAUAGAUGAAGGAACAGAGAUGAUUGAUGGGCAGCUGAUGGGAGAGUAUGAGGCAGAUGCUAAAGGGCUAGAGGCCGACUCCUGGAGCUUCACUAUGGACAAGAAAUACCUGAAACAACUAAAGAAGGAUGUCAUUAAGAGACAGGAUGUCAUUUAUGAGCUGAUCCAAACGGAAAUGCACCAUGUGCGGACGUUGCGGAUAAUGGCGGAUGUGUACGGUAAGGGCUUGUUGAAGGAGGUGCAGUUGGAGCCCCAGACGGUAGAAAAGGUGUUCCCCAUGCUUGACGACCUGCUGGAACUUCACACAGUCUUCUUCAGCAGCCUGCUGGAAAGGAAGAAGGAGGCCAAGCAGGAGAAUACCGACGGUGGCUUUGUUAUCAACAGGAUAGGGGAUGUUCUCGUGAACCAGUUCUCAGGGUCCAGAGCUGAAAGCAUGAAGAAAGUUUACGGCAAGUUCUGCAGUCGGCACAACGAAGCGGUUAACUUCUACAAGGAGCUACAUGCCAAAGACAAGCGCUUCCAGGCUUUUAUCAAAAAAAAGAUGAGCAGCAACAUUGUCCGGCGGCUGGGUAUCCCAGAAUGCAUAUUAUUAGUCACGCAGAGAAUAACAAAGUACCCAGUCCUGAUGCAGAGGAUUCUACAGCACACUAAAGCAGAGAACGAAGAGGACUAUGAGGACCUGAGCCAAGCUCUGCAACUCGUCAAAGAGGUAAUAGUUGCCGUGGACAGUAAAGUGAAUGAGCAUGAAAAGAAGAGGAGACUGAAGGAGAUCUAUAACCGAACAGAUGGCAAGUCCAUUAUGCGCAUGAAGAGUGGUCAGAUGUUUGCUCGAGAGGACCUCAUACGAGGCAGAAAGCUCCUGCACGACGGCCCACUGCAGUUGAAAAGCACUGCAGGCAGGCUAAAGGAUGUUCAAGCGCUACUUCUCUCUGAUGUCUUGGUUUUCUUGCAAGAGAAGGACCAAAAAUACGUGUUCGCCUCUCUGGACCAGCGUGCCACUGUGAUCUCCCUGCAGAAGCUGAUAGUGAGGGAGGUGGCCAACGAGGACCGCGGCCUCUUCCUCAUCACAGCGGGCAUCGAGCGGCCCGAGAUGGUGGAAGUUCACGCCAGUUCCCGAGAGGAGCGAAACACCUGGAUGCAGCUCAUCCAGGACGCCAUGCACUCGAUAGAAAAGGAUGAUGAUGAAGGUAUCCCUAGUGAGACAGAGGAGGAUAAAAAGCUGCUGGAGUCCAAAGCAAAAGAGAUGAGAGACAUGCUCCGGAGGAAAGAUGAUCAGAUCCUGGCUCUGCUGCAGGAGAAGAUUAAGCUGUUCCAUGACAUGUGUGAAUGUACCUCCCCUGAUGAGAAGAUGCUGUUCAGGGCCUGUAAUGAUGACGUGCCCAGAGGAGAGCCCAUCAUGAAGGAGGCCAUUAAAGAAGUGGAGAUGUUGCAGACGCUGGUCAACAGCAGCCUGGGAGGGGCCGUGGGCCAGCAGGUGGUCAGCGCUCCUGGCAGCACGGUGUCUGUGUGUUUACCUCGCAGAGCUGAAACCUUCGGAGGCUUCGACAGCCACCAGAUGAACAUCUCCAAGCACGGAGAUAAAGAAGAAGGUGAAGACCUGAGGAGGACAGAGUCUGAUGGUGUUCUGAAGAAGGGGGGAAACACCAACCUGCUGCUGCUGCUGAAGAGGAACAGUGAGCAGGUCCUGAGCAGUGUUACUCACCUCCAUGAUCUCCUCAGCUCACUGCAGGCUGUGGUGGUCCAGCAGGACACCUUUGUCGAGGACCAGCGGCAGUCCUUAAGUGAGCGGCCCUCUUCUCGCCCGUCCUCGCGGCCGCCCUCUCUGGUGGAGCAGGAGAAGCAGCGCAGUCUGGAGCGUCACAGACAGGAGGCUGCUGCACUGCAGCGCCAACAGGCCGCACACGCCGAGGAGAGGAAGCGCAGAGAGAGAGAGUGGGAUGCUCGGGAGAAAGAGCUGGUGGACCGGGAGUCAAUACUCAACUCCAAAGAAGAUGAGGUGCAGAGGAGGCGUAGGGAGCUGGAGGAGGCACGGAGGGAGCUGCAGGGGAGAAAAGAGGAUUAUCAAAAAGACCUGGAGAGGCUGAGAGACUCUCAGAGGAAGCUGGAGAGAGAGAAGGAGCAGAUGCAGAGGGAGAUGGAGAAUAUCAGGGAGACAGAGAAGCGCGUGAACAGGACCCCCUCCAGCACCUCGGAGGAUUCGCUGAACAUCCAAAGCAGCAGCUCAGUGGAGCGGGACCUGGGGGAGGCUGAGCUGUCGGCCAGCCCCAGGAAAAACUCCCUCUCCAGGAUGGACUCCAAACACAAGGGUCGCAACCUCAACCCCUUCUCCCUGGGGCCCAAAGCCAUGAGCACAGACGGACAUAAGCAGGUCCAGAACCGACUGCUCCAGCUGACCAAAACCAAGGACAAAAAGGACAAAAAGAAGAAGAAAAGCAAGAGCAAGCCCUCUCAGGAAGCAGAAUCCCAUCUGCUGCCACUGACAGAGCCUCCGCUGGAUGGAGAGAUUUUCUUCUGCUGACUUGGCCUUCAUUUUCAAUCAGCCCACAAUUCCCUUUUUCUCUAAGCUAUCUGCACCAGCUGAAUGUAACUCUACGCAGGAUGCCUGCCAAAGUGCCCCCGCCGUGUCCCUGGCACAUAGUGCCACGCUAAUUAGGGUGAAUUUGCCCUGAAACCUUUCCAUGUCCGGCAUACGCGUGCGUAUAUGUGGGACAUUUUUGUAUGUGCAAUUCACAGAGUGACAGUCACUUUCGAAUGUUACCAACUCAAAUGGACUUCACAAAUCUGACCUCAGUUCACUCUAUUUACUUGCCCCUAAAAUCUAUAGUCAUCCCAGAUGACAAAAUAUAGGAAAGAUUUUUGGAGUGUCUUCCCUUUUAUUAAAAGAAAAAAUGAAUAGUCUGUCUGUAUCAGAAUAAUAGUAGUUGACUAGAAGGCCAUUCUCUUUUGAUUAGACAGCUGUCUGAGAACACCUUCCUUCUAAGAGAGCUUUGACUUUUGUUUUAAACCCACCAAGCACUUUACACAAUACAGCCAGUAUGAUCACGGUCACCAAAAUGACAGUCGCUGCAGACUUCAUGGAGCCAAGCAAGUCUAUUAGGGAGAUUUUUUAAAUUUCUCCACAAGUCAGUCACUAAGAUGAGACUUUGGUAUGAAAUGGAGCAUAGUAACUCUUCUUCACAGUGGUGGUGAUAGGAACCAGGGGUCACGGAGUGUAUAACACAGAUAUAGUCAUUUUUCACCGAAGAUAACCAGUGCAUGUACAAGUGUCAGGAGUUAAUGUAAUGUUGAUGACAGUAAAAUCCAUCCAUCCAUCCAUCCAUUCAUUUUCUAAGCCGCUUCUCCGUCAGGGUUGUGGGGGGGAUGCUGGAGCCUAUCCCAGCGGUCAUCGGGCAGAAGGCAGGAAAAUCAAAAUGUCAAAAAUCUAAAAUUAGCUUUCUUUGGGUACUUGACCUCACAAGACUUUGUAUGUAUUGAAUUGUAAAAUCAAUUCAUGUAAUGCCAUGAAUUGAUUUGAAAAAAGAUGUUUUAAAGCGAAACUUACUCAAAACUAUAGUAAAACAGUGUCAGCUCUCUGUGAGGGAGAAUUCAUCACCACCACUGUGAACAAUUCUGAAUAUUCUCUAGAACGGAUCAUUUCGCAUAAAGUCACAUCUUAACCAUUUUAAAAAUAGUGGGAUUUCCUUUUAAAUAUUGGUGCCACCCCAUGUUACACUGUAUGAAGAAUUCAUAACAGUGUGUAGUUCCAAAUACAGUGGAGGAAAUGCUCGUAAUCUUGUCAUAAUUCUAACAAAAAAAAUCACAAAUGCUAAAAAACUAAAUACAAUAGGAGUCGUAAAAGGUGAAUUACCUGCUGGACAGGUACCAUCUGCACAUGAAAAUGCAGCACCCAUGGAAUACUGUAUCAGCUCUGUGCACUUAUCGUUUUAGCACAGAUGCACCUAAACAUAUAGUUCUGCACCUUAAAGCCAGAAUAACCCCCAGGCAACUUUUAUUUACCCCGUGUACUUUGCUCAAAGUGUCUGUGUAUUUCAUCAUGCACCAAAAUGUACACCCUGCUAGAUUUCAGUGGAAGAGGUUUCAAAGGAAUGUUUCUAUUUACGCUGAGAUGCUCCACAGGCCAGUUUGUUUUUGUAGUGGUUGAUUUGUUUUUCCCAUGAAGGAAAUGUAUGCUUUGUAAUCGAGUAUAUGACCUAAUAUUGAUAUCAAAACCACACUUGAGCUGUUAUCUUAUUCGGAUUGCAUUAGCUUGCACUGAGUAGACUCUACCAGCAGGGGGCGACAGAUUCUAUUUUUAAUUUCUUUUGAUUCCAGCAUUUCAGGUAUUUUUUUUAAUGCCCCAUUUGAAUUUCACCCCUGCAGGCUAGAGCUGAGUGGCAGUGCAGGCAGUACACAGUGAUGAGAUAUGAUGGUCCUUGUGUGCAAAAAGGGAAUCACAUUUUUUGUAGUGCAUAGUUUUAUGGAGAUGAUUCCUCUAUGGCCUUACGAAAUUCAGGACGUGCAGUUUCACAGGCUACCCCUUUUAUUUCCAUAAGAACAAGCAGGGAAUUGUCAAUUAGUGUAUUUUUAAAUUGUUUAUAAAAGUACAGUUGCGUAGCCUUAAACGAAUGAUGAAAUGCACUAAAGUCAAACCCAGCAUUUUCUCAGGAGCGCAGGUUUCAAACCUUUUGUUUAAAAAAAAGUAAGAAAUACUUCUACUGUACUUCAAGGUACAGUAUUGUUUUCUUGCUAAAUUAUGUAAAAAAGGGCAAAAGUAAUAUUGUGUAAAUAAUUUGUGAAAGAUGUUAACUGUAUAAGAAUGGAACAUGUGUUUGUUUAAGUUGUGGUUAAUUUCACUAUUUUGUAAGAAGUCUAUUUAUCUGUGAUCCCUUAUUUGGAGGCAGAAAUGUAAUGACCUCAAAAUAAUAAAUCUAUAACAUGUUUAAAUGUU